AUGCUUCCAGACCUCUCGACCGCGCUCGCCUCUCCGCGGCAAACGCUGCAGCAAGUUCUCAACUUCGCGCUCGUGCUCUCUACGGCAUUCAUGAUGUGGAAGUCCCUCUCAGUCGUGGCCGACUCGCCCUCCCCCAUCGUCGUUGUGCUCUCGGGAUCUAUGGAGCCUGCUUUCCAGCGCGGCGAUCUCUUGUUUCUAUGGAACAGAGAUGUCAAAGCCGAGGUGGGGGAGAUUGUCGUGUAUAAUGUCAAGGAGAAGGAUAUCCCGAUUGUGCACCGUGUUGUAAGGAGUUAUGCACCACCUGCGGAAACACUCGAGGUCAAGUCAGGGAAAGGCAAGAAGAGUGCCGCUGCAAAGCCAGCAAGCGAGAAACUGUUGACCAAGGGAGACAACAAUGUGGCGGAUGACACGGAGCUGUACGCUCCAGGGCAGAAAUACUUGGACAGAAAAGAAGACAUAAUCGGGAGCGUAAGGGGAUACGUGCCGGCGGUGGGCUACGUGACGAUUAUGCUCAGCGAGCACCCGUGGUUGAAGACGGUGAUGCUAGGCUUGAUGGGCAUAACCGUGAUAUUAAGUAAGGAGUGA